AUGUUAAUUUCGGCCUUCAGAAAUUUGUUUCUGAAAAAGCGGCUCACCGCAAAUCUUUCCAGAAACGGCACGCAGGUGCUCACGGAUGCCUUUCUGGACCUGGAGGGCACUACCAUAGUUCUCCAAAAGGACACAAAAACGAUGAAGUACCCGGUAGAGGAGAUGCAGAGCACCACGCGAAGCGGCAACAAGCUCAUGUUCAGCUACAAGGGCGCACAGAUCGUGAUAGAAAGCGUGUCUCUCAACGAUGUAUACACCGAGAUACAGCCGCUUCUGCCCACCACGAAGGUGCACACCAAGAGCACGGUCGAUUACUACUUCCUCGAGGACAAGGAGUUUGUUCUGUGCAAGAAAAGCGUAGGGAUAGAGAUUGUGCACGAGCUGCAGGAUUUUAUCAAGAUCAUGGAUGACAGGAUCUACCACUUCGAGGUGAUACGCGCGAACAUGCAGUUCUACAUGGACAAGCACAAGAAGAGCUUUGUGUGGGCGGGUGGUGAUUUUAAGACGUAUAUGGUGGUUUUUUACAGGGAAAUUGAGUUUUUGGAGUUUAUGUCGCUGUUUCUGGAGGCGUUGAAGAAGGAGAGCGGAUUUGUGGGAGGUGACUAUGGCGUGGUAGAGGGCGAAAGCAGGUUCACGGAGAUCGAAAAAGAUGCGUUUGAUGAGGCAGAGGAGUACUCCUUCACACACGAUCGCACAAGCGCUGUGGAGGAGCAUAGCGAGAGCGUGAGCGAGGAGCAGGAGGAGGACAGGGCGAAGACCGGUGGUGAUGGCGAGGAGUACAACAGCCUGUUGUACACGGACAAGGAUAUGGCAUUUGUUGCGCGUGGCAACACCGUUGGCGUGUUCAGCACGGCUGACAAGCUCAGGUUCAACUGCUCGAUAAAAAACGUGGAGGGAAAGAAGCGCAAGUUUCUAAAGAAGGACAAUCAGCUGCUGUUCCUGGACGAGCACCGGAGGGACGUAAAGUUCUUGGAUCUUGAGAAGGGAAAGGUGGUUGAGCGGAUCGGCCUUGCACGUGAUGUAAACGAUGUGAUGCUCAGGGACAGCGAGGUGCUCGGUAUGAACGAUAACAGCGUGUUUGUGGUGGACAGUCGUACGAAAGGCAUAGGGCGGGAUAACACGUACAAGACCAAGACGUACUUCACGAAGGGCAGCACGAGCGGCACGUUCAGCGCGAUUGGCAGUGUGAAGGGCGAUCUGCGCGUGUACAAGGAUGUGUUCAAGCGCGCACGUAUCCUGGUGUCCGGUCUUGGUGAUGAGGUGGUUGGGAUAGACAUAGGCGAGGAGUACGUCAUACUUACGUUUAAGAAUUACCUGAUCCUGUUCAAGAUUGAGGAGCGCAAGGACAAGAGAAAGGUGGUCAGACUGCAGCUCAGGCCAGAGCACGUAGCGUUCCUGAAGCACAACGUGUCGUUUACGCCGGGCAAGUUCAACGAAAGCAACACGGACAUAAUCACGUCGACCGGCAACUACGUUGUGACAUGGCGGGUGAGCGAUGUGCUGGGCGGCAAUUUGUAUGCGUACAAAAUGCGGGAGUACGGAUCGGAGGUGGUUGAUGACAGCUUUGUCGGUGAGGACCGGGUGCUGGUCACUUUGAAGGAUGACCUGAAGAUGUUGAACAAGAAGAACAUAAAGUAG